UCACCUAAUUUAGUUAAUUUUUAUUUCAUUAUGUUUCAAUUUCCAUUUUCAAUUUCUUGUCACCCAAUACAAUCAAAUUCUUCUUCUUCCUCCUCCCCAUCUUCUUCCUGUUGUUCUUUAUUUCCUUCACAAUAUUUAAUGCCUAUAAAUGAUGGCCAACAACAUAUACAACAGCAACCAGAAACUCCUUACCAACAAAAUACUUUACAAAGGCAUUUUUUUAUUUUUUUAAAAUCUUUUCCAAACACAAACACUUUUUAUUUUUAUAUAAAUUUUUAUUUCGUCACAGAAUUAUUACUUAAUUUACUCCCUCCAACAGUUCCUGAAAAAAGUUUAGCCAAAAGUGUUUUACUUCGAGUUAAGGCUGUUUUAUUAUUUCAUCAAGGUCGAUAUGAAGAAUUUAAAGAAUAUAUAAAAUUAAAUAAAUUUAAACAAAGAGAUCAUAAUUUAUUGCAAAAUUUGUGGAAUGAAGCUAAUUAUGCGGAGGCUUCAAAACAACGUACUAAACCCCUUGAUGCUGUUUCACGUUAUCGUAUUCGUAAAAAGAAUAUUUUCCCUUUAAGUAUUUGGGAUGGUGAAGGAACUAGUUAUUGUUUUAAAAAAAAAGCGAGAGAAAUACUUAAACAAGCAUACAAAAUAGAUUCAAUACCAAAUAUUCAAAUAAAACAAGAAUUGGCAAAACAAACAGAAUUAAGUGUUUUACAAGUAUCUAAUUGGUUUAAAAAUCAGAGACAAAGAGCUAGACAAAAUAUUCGGUUCGGAAAUUAA